AUGUCCGAAUCUAUUCAAUCGCAAGGCGAUCGAGUCCAAUCAAACACUUUACCCCAAGUUACUGCGCAAGAAAUUAACAAUUGCUCAAUCUCUUCAUGGUACGAUAAUUUUCUAUCAGUGACAUUAAAAACCAAGAUCAUCCCUCUGUCAGAUUCAUUCAUUGACUAUCUCAAAGAGGAUGGUAUUUUUCUACCUGAUGAUGGACAGCCACAGUCGGCCACAAUUGAAGAAAUUGACUCUGAUGAUGAAACGACGUUCUUUGAAGACAAAACAGAAAUACAGAAACCUGACUUUCCUGAAGUUGAAAGUUUCAUUCGAAAGACAGUCCAUGAAUUUGGAGCCGUUUUCCCAAAGUUGAAUUGGAGUUCACCUCGCGAUGCAGCAUGGAUCACAGCUACUCAAUCCUUACUGUGUACUUCACCAUUUGAUGUUUUCUUGCUCCUCAAGUCAUCCGACUUUAUCAACCAUGAUAUAAACCAUGCCUUUGACAAUUGUAGCGAUGCUUCCCAAUCUCCAAGAACAUACCACCUUGCUCUUCGAAAAUGGUAUGACCUUCAGCCAUCCAUGGAAUUCAGAUGUUUUGUCAAAGACAAUCGUUUAAUUGGCAUCAGUCAGAGAGAUGUCAAUUUUUACCCAUUUUUAUCCGAGAUCAAGGAAGACAUCGAGGGCCAUAUCCAUGAUUUUUUUGAAGAUCAUGUUUUGGAUAUAUUCCCAAGCCGAAAAUAUGUUUUCGAUGUUUACCUGAAAAGAAACCCCCAUAAGGUGUACUUGGUCGAUUUCAACCCGUUCUCAACUACUACCGACAGUCUUUUGUACGAUUGGGCAGAACUCAAUGCUUUCCAAGUUGGGAUACAGGAGCCAGAAGUCAGAAUCAUUGAAUCACAAGAUGAAGCCAAUAGAAAUGCAUGUAAUGCGCCUAGGUUUGCUACUAAUAUGGUACCAAAGGAUGUCAUUGAACUGUCCGAUGGAAAAUCAAUUGCAGCAUUUGCAGAAGAAUUCCAACGUGCAAUGGAACUCAAUGGCCAACGCAAUGAUGAAGACUCUUCAUCUGAUGAAGAAUAA